GCUUUCAGUUGCGUGUGUCCUAUUGCUGUGUCCAUGUUGUCAGUUUGUGUUGUGCUAGGAUCAUUCUCCUAUUCUGAUCUCAACAACAGCCAUGCGCAUCUUUUACUUGUGUGUACAAAUUUGUAUUUUAGGUUAGAAUAGUAGAACAUGAAUUAUUGUUCUGUUAGAUAAGACUAUAGACUACGAUUUCGAUUUAAAAGUCAAAUCGUUUCGACUGUGAUAAAAACACUUGGUUAGGUUUUUAUAAUAUUCAAUUUACUAAGACAAAAAUCCACCAAGCUUUACCAAAGUUUUAAACCAUGUCUCAGCAACGCCAAAGAAGCAGGCUACGGCUCUAUCUUGCUGCGUUUUCAGCCAACCUCUCAUUCACAUCCUGCGGCUGCGCAAUGGCUUGGACGUCGCCUGUCCUAGACAACCUCGACAAAUCACUCGGCAUGGAGGUGAGCACAAGCAGCAAAUCGUGGAUCGGAUCUCUGAUAGCAGUGGGCGCCAUUUGCGGUCCCCUGAUGGCCAACAAACUACUGGACCGAGUUGGUCGCAGAUGGACUCUAAUCCUGGACGUGAUGCUGCUGAUUUUGUCGUGGGUGAUUGUCGGACUGCCCGGCUUGCGGCUCACAUUCGUCGAUCCCCUGUCGCUGCUCUACUUUGGACGCUUUUUGUCUGGAGUAGCGGUCGGCAUCAUUUUCAUGUCGUUGCCCGUCUACAUUGCCGAGAUAUCUGAUGUGGAGUCGCGAGGACCGCUGGGAUCGCUGAACGAGCUCUUCAUAGCGUUCGGCUUCUUCUUCGAGUACGUGUUCGGCUCGGUGACCACCUAUCUGCAGCUGGCGAUGGUCUCCACCGCCAUUCCCCUCCUCUUCCUGGCGACGUUCUGGUGGAUGCCCGAGUCGCCGCACUUUUUGGUGAUGCGCGGACGCAAGGCGGAGGCACUCAAGGCCAUCAAGUGGAUCCGCAACUAUGCGGACGAUGAGGAUGCUGCCGCCGAGAAGGAAGCGCAGGAAAUUCAGGCACUGCUUGACGACACAAAAGACCAGUCGUCACCGUGUCGCGACCUGGUGAUGGUGAAGGGCAACCGUCGUGCCCUGCUCAUCUCGUGCGGCCUCAUCUUCGCCCAGCAGUUCACCGGCAUCAACGUGGUGCAGUUCUACACGCAAUCGAUACUCGAAGACUCGAGCAAGCCACAGCAGGCGUCCGGUCUGCCGACGGGCGUCGCACCAAUGCUGGUCGGCGGCACACAGUUCUUCUCCAGCAUCCUGACGCCCAUCGCCACGCGACUCUUCGGAAUCAAGAUACCGCUGCUGUUGUCCGCCCUUGGCGCUGCUAUUGGACAGGGUGCUCUGGGAAUCUACUUCGUACUGAGCGACAUGGAGGAGGGACACGGUUCAGUAGCGUUUGAACUGAUUCCAGUCAUUAGUAUGGUUUUCUUCAUGGCUUCUUUCUGUAUAGGACUGGGACCCCUGCCGUGGGCGGUGAUGGGCGAAAUGUUCCCACCCAACGUGAAGGCCCUCUCCUCGUCCGUGGUGAGUUCCUUCUGCUUCCUGUUGACGUUCAUCCUCACCAAAUUCUUCAAGAUCGUGUCGGACGAGUACGGCCGGCACUCGCCGAUCUUCUUCUUCGCGUUCUGCUGCUUCUUCGGUCUGAUCUUCAUUGCACUGACCAUCCCAGACACACGCGGCAUGACGCUACAGGAGAUCCAGGAUGUGCUCAACGGACGCACGCAUCGCUGCCAGUCGCCCGCCGUGCGUCGCGUCACGCAGACCGGCUCCAUGAUUCAGAUAAUCAUGCGAUCGGGUCUGCUAGUCGAGCAGCCUGAUCACUCCAAGAACCUGCUCGCUUCCGAGGAGGAACAACAUCCCAUGAUCCCAAUGAUCACUGACAACAAACACGAGUUGCCCGCCAAGCACACCGCCAUCUACAACAGUAAAGCUUACAAGGAGGCUACCAAAGUAUGACAGCUGUCUAACGAACAAGACUGUUACGUUUACGUUCUACCAAAGGGAAACGACAAUUCUUCAUGAUGAACAAAGUAUGAUAGUAACUAAGCUUCUCAGCAACACAGUUAACGAAAAAGACUAUUAUCUUAACGUUCUACCAAAGGGAAAGGACAAUUCUUCAUGAUAACCUUUUUCCUUAUCAAGUGUUUCUUAAUUAAAUUCUACAAGUAUGGGUACCUAUCAAGGUCUCUAACAUUGUUAAUGGAAAACGUUUGGUAAUUUGGAGAUGGAAAGACAUUUAUGCUCCACCAAAGGGAAAUGACAAUUCAUCAUGAUGUUCAAAGUAUGAUAGUAACCCUCUUCUUCAUCAAGGGUUUCUUAAUCAAAUUCUACAAGUGUGGGUACCUCUCAGGGUCUUGAGCAGUGUUCUAUUUUUCAUGAAAAAAAUUGUAACCAGCUAAGCUCACAAGAAGGUCACUAAAGUAUGACAGUAGUCUAACGAACAAGACUGUUAUUUCCAUGUUCUAUCAAAGGGAAAGGACAAUUCUUCAUGAUGAACAAAGUAUGAUAGUGACCUUCUUCUUUAUCAAGGGUUUAAUAAUCAAAUUCUACAAGUGUGGGUACCUCUCAAGGUCUUAAGCAGUGUUCUAUUUGAGGCUACUAAAGUAUGACAGCUGCCUGACGAAAAAGACUGUUAUGUUCACGUUCUACCAAA